GGGAUAGAGAGAAGAAGCAACCAAAUGAGCCAUAGCCAAGAAUUCUAUACCAAAGGAAAGUACAAGAUAAUCUAUGGCAUGAGAAACGAAUUUACGAUAUGUUAUAAUGAAACCAAGCCUAUUGUGAACAAUUACUGGCAAUCCGUGAACCCCAUGAUGAAAACGCUUCCCAUCUUUUUGCUGCAACUAAGUGUGGUCAUAGCCAUUGGUCGUGUUUUUAUGAUCGUCCUCAGGCCUCUUCGCCAACCUCGCUUUCUUUCUCAGCUUCUUGCGGGGGUUCUGCUAGGCCCGGGUGCGCUGGGAAUAUCGGGCAGGGUAGCUAAUGAUCUUACUCCUUUUGAAGGGAGCAUGUUUCUGGAGACAAUGGCCAACCUUGGGGUAACAUUCUAUAUGUUCCUCGUGGGGCUGGAGAUGGACUUGACCCCAAUUCAAAAAAUGGGAAAAACGGCCUUGAGCGUUGCCAUUUCUGGUAUGCUUUUGCCCCUGGCUGCAGGAGUGGGAUUACAUUCCAUGGCGCUGCAACGACAAACCGUACGCGCACCAGAGAUGGGGGCAUACUUCUGGUCCAUUGCCCUUACCCUAACAAGCUUUCCCGACUUAGCUCGAAUGCUUUCAGACCUGAAGCUCAUGUAUACGGAUCUUGGUAAAACUGCCUUGACAGCAGCCGUUGUCAAUGAUCUCUCAUGUUGGUGUCUUCUGGUGGUAGCUGUAAGUUUAAUCAAUGGGGAAAAGGAGUUGUAUGUGGCGAUCCCAGUGUUGGUGGGCAUGACAAUCUUCUGGUUUUCGUUGCGUCCGUUAAUCCGUAAGAUACUGAGAUAUAUAUCAGCAACCAGCAAAGAAGCAACAACUUCGGAUAAGCACAUAUAUUUCAUUCUAUCAUUGGUGUUCCUGUCUGGAUUUGUGACAGAAUUAUGUGGGGCGCAUUCCAUUUUUGGAGCUUUUAUGUUUGGACUGAUGAUACCCGGAGGAGAGCUAGGGACGACCAUCAUGGACAAAGUUGAAGAGUUCGUAGUGGGGAUUCUGCUGCCCCCUAUAUUCUUGAUUACCGGCACCAGAACCAAUAUCCAGUACAUUUUUGCUGACUAUUCUGUUGGACUGGUCAUCGCAGUUGUACUUCUGGCUUCCUCUGCCAAGAUUAUAAGUGCUCUUCUUGUCUGCCUCUACUUGAAGUGCCCUGUGCGGGAUGGCUUGGCCCUUGGUGUCCUCAUGAACACCAAAGGUGUUCUUGCCCUCAUUAUUCUUAAUGAAGGACGAAACAUGAAGGUGGUUAUAAUUUUUCCUCUUUUUCUUUUAUCAUCUAAGACAGUCAUUAGUUUACUUAUAGGAUCCAUCUCUCUCUCUCUCUCUAUAUAUAUAUAUAAAAUAUUAUUUCAGGGUUUUGACCAACAAACAUUCUCUUGGAUCGUGGUUGCCAUAGCGUUUAUGACCGCCAUUAUUGGCCCGAUUGUGAGUUACACUCACAAGUCUGAAAGGCAUUUAAAGUACAUGGAUAGGCACUUAGAGAAAUGUAAAACAGAAGCACCAAUUCGAAUCCUUGCAUGCGUUCAUUCCACCAGAAAUUUGUCGGCCAUGAUUACCCUCUUGGAGAUUUCAAAUGCUACAAGAAAAUCCCCGGUUACAGUGUUUGCUGUUCAUUUGGUUGAGCUGGCAGGGCGGGCUUCUGCAAUGCUGAUUUUCCAUGAUAAGGAUAAGACGGCUGAAACGGGACACACUUGCAGCCGAGAAAAAGCUGAGGCGGAGCAAAUAGUGAGUGCCUUCGAAUCCUUUGAGGACAACAACCAUGGGGCCACUGUUAAGCCACUAACAGCAGUGUCCCCUUACGCCACCAUGCACGAGGAUGUCAACCAUUUCGCACUAGACAAGAUCGCCAAUAUCAUUCUGAUCCCAUUUCACAGGCGAUCCGAUCCAGUCGGUGGAUGGACGGAAGAAAAUGUUCAGCACAAGCUAGUGAACCAAAAUUUGUUGGCCACUUCACCCUGUUCCAUCGGUUUGCUUGUGGAUCGUGGUCUAUCGAGUUUCGCGGAAUCACAAAAAGACACGCAGCAGGAAUGUCGAAUUGCCAUGUUGUUCGUUGAGGGAACUGAUGAUCGUGAAGCAUUAGCUUAUGCGUGGAGAAUGGCAGGCACUCCAAGCGUAACGCUUUCCGUAAUCCGAUUCGUACCAGGAAAAGAUGGUUCGGAGUUUAUGGAGAACUCAGGAGACAAUGAGGAGGAGCCAGAUAUUUUCACAGCUAUGUUUGAGAGAGAGACGCAGAAGCAGCUUGAUGAUGAUUACAUAAACCAGUUCAGGUUCAAGACAAUGCAUGAUCAAUCUAUAGCUUACGUUGAAAUACAGGUUAAUAGUGGAGACCAGAUUGUAUCGGCCAUAAGUAGUGAGUUCUACGAUUUCGAUUUAUACGUAGUAGGAAGAGGACAUGGUAGCACAUCCCAAUUGACAGCAGGGCUAUCAACCUGGAGUGAAUUCCCUGAACUGGGAGUUAUGGGCGAGACAUUAAUUUCAAUGAAUUUGGAAACUCCAGCCUCAGUUUUGGUAGUGCAGCAAUCUCAUCCUGUAUCAUCUGGAUCAAAGAAGUUCACCUCCAACUCCACCAAGGAUGUUUUUGGAAAUAAGGGGGUACCAGCUUUCGUGAAUCACAGAAAGUCGGUUGAUGGUUUUUGAUCAAAAAUCAUAUGAUGGAAUGACACUCCACUCACUACCCAUUAUCUUCUUCCUUUUGCUGCUGAUUAUAUGAAAAUGAGAAUUCAUGCUUCACAAAGUUUCAAUGGUGGAUACUUCAUACAUUAUUUCUUUUGCAUUUAAUAGUUCAUACCAAAGAUGAAACUAAACAUUUCUGAUUUCUUUCUUUGUUUCCUACUCUUGUACUCCCCCUGAUGUAUCCCUUUCUUUAA